AGGCGCCCGCGCGGCGGCCAUUUUGUCUUAUCGGCUCCUCUUUAGAGGAGGCUUUUCGGCCUGCGAGAGGGCCAGAGGGGUUGGCGACUGUGUCGCCGGCGUUUUCUUUGGCGGGUGCCAGGGCAGGUGGGAGCAGCCGCCCGAGAAAAGCACCAUGAUUUCGGCCGCGCAAUUGUUGGAUGAGUUAAUGGGCCGGGACCGAAACCUCGCCCCGGACGAGAAGCGCAGCAACGUGCGGUGGGACCACGAGAGCGUUUGUAAAUAUUAUCUCUGUGGUUUUUGUCCUGCGGAAUUGUUCACAAACACUCGUUCUGAUCUAGGUCCUUGUGAAAAAAUUCAUGAUGAAAACCUUCGAAAACAGUAUGAGAAGAGUUCUCGUUUUAUGAAGGUUGGCUAUGAGAGAGAUUUUCUGCGAUAUUUACAGAGCUUACUUGCGGAAGUAGAACGUAGAAUUAGACGAGGCCAUGCUCGUUUGGCAUUAUCUCAAAACCAGCAGUCCUCUGGGGCGGCUGGCCCAACAGGCAAAAAUGAAGAAAAAAUUCAGGUUCUGACAGAUAAAAUUGAUGUACUCCUACAGCAGAUUGAAGAAUUAGGAUCUGAAGGAAAAGUAGAAGAAGCCCAGGGGAUGAUGAAAUUAGUUGAACAGCUAAAAGAAGAGAGGGAAUUGCUUAGGUCCACAACCUCGACAAUUGAAAGUUUUGCUGCCCAAGAAAAACAAAUGGAAGUUUGUGAAGUGUGUGGAGCCUUUUUGAUAGUAGGAGAUGCCCAGUCCCGAGUAGAUGACCAUUUGAUGGGAAAGCAGCACAUGGGCUAUGCCAAAAUUAAAGCUACUGUAGAAGAAUUAAAAGAAAAGUUAAGAAAAAGAACUGAAGAACCUGAUCGUGAUGAGCGUUUAAAAAAGGAGAAGCAAGAACGGGAAGAAAGAGAAAAAGAACGGGAGAGAGAAAGAGAAGAAAGAGAAAGGAAAAGACGGAGAGAAGAGGAAGAAAGAGAGAAAGAAAGGGCUAGAGACAGAGAAAGAAGAAAGAGAAGUCGUUCACGAAGUCGGCAUUCAAGCCGAACCUCAGACCGAAGAUGCAGCAGGUCUCGGGACCACAAAAGAUCACGAAGUAGAGAAAGAAGGCGAAGCAGAAGUAGAGAUCGACGAAGAAGCAGAAGCCAUGAUAGAUCUGAAAGAAAGCAUAGAUCUCGUAGCCGGGAUCGAAGAAGAUCAAAAAGCCGGGAUCGAAAGUCCUAUAAGCACAGGAGCAAAAGUCGGGACAGAGAACAAGAUAGAAAAUCCAAGGAGAAAGAAAAGAGGGGAUCUGAUGAUAAAAAAAGUAGUGUGAAGUCCAGUAGUCGAGAAAAACAGAGUGAAGACACAAACACUGAAUCAAAGGAAAGUGAUACUAAGAAUGAGGUCAAUGGGACCAGUGAAGACAUUAAAUCUGAAGUGCAGCGUAAGUAUGCACAGAUGAAGAUGGAGCUAAGCCGAGUAAGAAGACAUACAAAAGCAUCUUCUGAAGGAAAAGACAGUGUAGUCCUGCAAAACAUUUUGAGGUACAUUGUUUUGUCUCAGCUAUUUUGUAGCAGACUCGUGCCCCCAUUAGUGUGCCUCUUUGGAAAUUAUUGCCCACGUUUGUAAUAUAGUCGCCAUUGAAAAGUUAAUUAUCCUUUUUUUAGGGAUUUUGCUGUCAUUUCUUUUUUUUUUUCUUUUUUUUAAUAAAAAGGUUGAACUGUUUUUUUUUUUUUCUUUUUGGUAUUAAGUCCAUCUUGUGUUGAUACAUUGGCAGAGACAUAUGCUUUAAAAACUUAAAUAUUUCGGAGGCACAUGUUGGACGACUUUGUUUUAAUUAAACUGCUAGUAUUUCUUUGUCAAGGAUGUUUCUAGUUUUUUGCUUUAUUGCCUUGCAUUCUAAUGCAGUUUGUUCUGUAACUCGAGAGCCAGUAGCAUUGGAUUGAUGGAAGUGUAGGGUUUAUGAAUUAUUGCAGCUGACUACCAUACCUCACACAGCGUUGGUGUUGUGAGCGGCCCAUGAAAAGCCAAAUUAAAAAUCAAGGAUUCAGUCAAACUAAGCAGGUACUCAUGCCAGGUACUCCUUUCUCUACCCACAUCCAUGUUUGAAUGCUAUUGCCUGUGAUCUUUACGCUUAACUGUUGUGUAUCUUUUUUGUUCUUUACAAGAAGCACAGAGGGGUUUUUUGUGUAUUGCGUGAAAACUUAUAAAUCAAAUGUUAACAGAAUGGAAUUUUUUUUCAACUGUAUGUAGGGAUGCAGUGGUGCCCAGAAUUAGAUAUCUUUAAAGAAUUUUAAAUACAAUAAACACUUCAUAUUAUUCGCCUUGUUACAUUCAAUGCAAUUCUCAAGUCUUUAAGAGGUAUGUGUUUAAUAUUUCCUACGGUGUAGGAGCAUUUGCAGUCAGCCAUAGGUACGUAGGCGUAGUCACUGGCUGAUAACCUAUAAAGCAGCAGUGAGUAGCAAGGACAGACACCUUCAAUCUCUGAAACACAAAGAACUGAUGAAUCGUAUAGAGUGAAUUUGGGUUUUUAAAGAACGAUUAAAAGUUAGGUUUUAUGAGAGUUCUUAAAACCUAUAAACUAUUCAUUCUUUGGGCUAGUCUAGUGGCUUGGGAUAAAAUCAGUACAUGAAAGGGAGUACCAGUUAGUUGGUUUGUCGAUGGCUUUCUUCCUCUAGGACAGCCACAUAGUGUUCCGUGUGUGAGCCAUCCACAUAUAGGCAAGCAUACACAGGCAAAGGCUCUAAGUCCACACUGAUGCCUUGAGAAUUAAAAAGAAUACAAACAUUCCAUAUACAUAUAUUAAUUAGCAGUUAGUGACUGGGCCAACACUUAGUCAUAAAAAUUUGCCUUUUACAUGUUGCCUAAUUAUCAUUUUCCCCCAAAUUUUGCAUUGUAGGACUACUGUUCGAAGAUUUUUGGAAGAAAACUGAAAACAGCAUAAAGUGAAGAUCGACAUUAAAAUGAGGUGAAAGAAAACUAUAGUGGCAUAGAAAAAGUAUAAAGCUCAGUUAGUUGUUUUUUUUUGUUUUGUUUUUUUGUUUUGUUUUUUUUUUUUUUUAUUAAAAAUUAAUUCAGGACUGAUGUGACCUUACCAGAUUUCAGAAACAUGUGUUGAUAGUAUAUAUAUAUGCCACUGAAAACUUAGGUCCUGUAUCAUAUUUUUUUUUCUUUAAGACUUUUUAAGAAAUAUUACCUAAACAUGUGGCUUGCUCAGUGUUUAAUUGCAAGUUUUCAUUCUUGGACUUUGAAAACAGGAUUAAACGUUAGUAUUUGUGUGAAUCAGACUAAGUGGGAUUCCAUUUUUACAACUCUGCUAUUACCUAGCCUUUGGAUUUAGAAGUGAAAAUAAAGUAUCUCUGACUUUCUGUUACAAAUUUGAUUGUCUCUGUCAUUGAAAAGUUUUAGUAUUAAUCUUUUUCUAAUAAAGCUAUUGACUCUGAA